ACUUAGUGUUGUGCUGCAGGUGAUAGAGCUUCAACAAUGUGUGGCAGAAAGUCUCCGGAUCGAUAAUGCAAAGCUGUACUUAUUCUUGGAAGUUGAAAGAGAUGGGAAUCUACAACCCGUUCCCCCACCCGAGAAGCUGCAAGGAGAUAUACUCCACUUUGUGAAGGUUUAUGAGCCAGAAAAUGAAGAGCUACGGUACUUACAGACUACAGUGUUCUAGUUAUAGUAGUAGUAGUU